AUGUCCUUGUACAUCAACGAAUUGAGCGGGGUGGAUAGUACUUCUGCCUCGGGGUCGGAACAACAACCUUACAAGACCGCUGCCUAUGCUUUGUUCGAAUCCCGUGGUGCUGGCAAAGAACCUAAGCUUUUAGUCUAUAAACAAGACGCAGAAAAAGGUGACGGAUACGUUGAAAUAUCUGCAAGCGCCUUGAAAAAGGCCCGCAAAGGGUGCGAGGGGCUAGUUAAAAAGCUGGCUAAGCAGGCCGAGCAGGAUAAGAAGCAACAAGAGCAGAAAGAGAGAGACGCCGCUAAGAAAUUGGAGGCCUUGCACAUCACUAUUCAACAGGAUCCGUCUCUACCAGAAGCUAAGAAAACCAAAAUAUCGAAGAGUUACAGCGCCGUUGACGAAAGAGUCAAGGUUUCGGGCUGGAUCCACAGGCUGCGGUCCAGCAAGAACCAUGUAUUUAUCGUACUGCGGGAUGGUACAGGCUAUCUGCAAGCAGUCCUCACCGGUGACCUAGCUCUCGCCUACCAGACAACCACGUUGACGAUAGAAUCUACUGUCACGUUAUUUGGUAAAAUCUGCAAGCUGCCUGACGGAAAGACUGCUUCCGGUGGUGUAGAGUUGCUAGUCGAUUAUUAUGAAAUCGUGUCAUUGGCUCCCUCUGGGGAAGAUGCUUAUACCAACAAGGUAGCGGAAGGUGCUGACCCAUCUCUCUUGCUAGAUCAGCGUCACCUCGCUCUCAGAGGCGAGACACUGUCCGCUGUGAUGAAGGUUCGUGCAUCUUUGCUGCGUUCCAUUCGCCGUUUUUAUGAUGAGGAAAGCAUCACCGAGGUCACUCCUCCAUGCAUGGUGCAAACUCAAGUUGAAGGUGGCUCUACCCUAUUCAAGCUGGACUACUACGGCGAGGAAGCCUUCUUGACACAAUCUUCUCAACUGUACUUAGAAACCUGUCUGGCCAGUUUAGGAGAUGUUUACUGUAUUCAAGAGUCUUUCAGAGCAGAAAAGUCUCAUACCAGAAGACACUUAUCUGAAUAUACUCAUAUCGAAGCGGAGCUAUGCUUCCUAGAUUUCGACGAAAUGCUUGUUCACAUCGAAAAGCUAAUUUCUAGGGUCGUCCAAUACGUCUUGGAAGACCCAAUCGCCGGUCCGUUGGUCAAGCAAUUGAACCCCGGCUUCCAAGCUCCUACUUUGCCAUUCAUGAGACUUGAUUACAAAGACGCAAUCACCUGGUUGAACGAGCACGGCAUUGAAAACGAGGAUGGAGAACAGUUCAAGUUCGGCGACGACAUUGCUGAGGCAGCUGAAAGAAAGAUGACAGAUACGAUUGGAGUGCCUAUAUUUUUGACUAGAUUCCCUGUUGAGAUUAAAUCAUUCUACAUGAAGCGUUGCCCCGAUGCUCCACACGUGACCGAGUCUGUCGAUGUUCUAAUGCCAAACGUUGGUGAAAUCACAGGUGGCUCAAUGAGAAUUGAAACAACCGAAGAAUUGGAAGCUGGUUUCGCUCGUGAGGGUAUUGCCACUGACCCAUACUACUGGUUCAUCGAUCAGAGGAAGUACGGUACCUGUCCUCAUGGUGGUUAUGGUAUCGGUACUGAACGUAUUCUUGCCUGGCUGUGCGACAGAUUUACCGUCAGAGACUGCUCCCUGUACCCUCGUUUCACAGGCAGGUGUAAACCGUAA